AUGGCGACGAGUAUCAUUCCCGUGGCCAACGAGACGUUGAGCUCGUCCUCGAGGAUGACCAAAGAGGGCAAGAAGAUCACGUAUCAGAUGCAAGUCAUCCAGCAGCCCGAGCGUGCCAGAGCCUGUGGUUCUGGGGCCAAAUCAUCUGCCGACCGACGUCCUGUCGACCCGCCUCCGAUUGUCGAGCUGCGCAUCUUCGAGGGCGAGGCCAGGCAGAAUGACAUUACCUUUUCCUACAAUGCGAACUUCUUCCUGUUCGCUACCCUGGAGAACGCCCGCUCCAUCGCCCAAGGCCGCGUUCAACCGAGUCCUGCUAGUUUUCCCGUCUUGACUGGAACUCCUGUCGCCGGCAUGGCCUAUUUGGACCGUCCCACUCCCGCUGGCUAUUUCAUUUUCCCGGAUCUGUCCGUUCGCCACGAAGGAAAGUAUCGCUUGAGCUUUGCCCUGUAUGAGGAAUUGAAGGAGCACAAGGACAUGGACAGCGACGACCGCGGGGAGAACGUUCAGAAUGGCCGCGUUGAUGCCCACGUGUCCCACAGACUGGAGGUGAAGUCGGCUCCUUUCAGCGUCUUUAGCGCCAAGAAGUUCCCCGGCCUUACGGAGAGCACUGCCCUGAGCCGGAUGGUUGCUGAGCAAGGAUGCCGCGUCCGCAUCCGUCGCGAUGUGCGCAUGAGGAGGCGCGAUAACAAGACCAAGGAAGACUGGGACGAGUACGAGGACAAAACGGCUUACGAGCGUAACCGGACUGCUACUCCUGAUGUCUACGGCCAGAAUGCUGUGCACACACCCCAGCCCAUGACGGAUGGAAGCGACCGUCCGAGGUCGCAAAGCAACGCCAGCAACGCGUCAUAUGCUCCGCCGCCUCGCCGUCCGUCUAUGCAGGACAUGGCCAAUUCGUACCAGCAGGGCUAUCAGAAUCAGAUGCCGCCUCCGCAGGCUCCCCAGACCGCGUACUCUUCGCAGAUGCAAUACCCCGCUGCGCCUGCUCCGCAGUACCAGAGCCAGUACCCUCCUGCGCCGCAGCAGCCGGCCAUGCAUCCUCCUCAGGCUCCUUACAUGCAGUCUCAGCACUCGUGGCAGCCACAGGGCCAGCCCCAGAUGCCGAUGACCCAGCCGUACGGUUAUGGUUCGAACCAGCAAUACGGUCACUACGAGCAGCCGGCUCCUGUCCGCCACGACAGCCUGGACUACAGUAGUGCCGGUUCCGAGUACCGUCGGCCGUCUUUGGCCGGCCCGCAGCAAACGCCGAACCAAAUGGUCGCGCCUUUCGGAACCUUGGACUCGGGAUACAGCCGGCACCAAAACCAGAUGAACCCGCCUCCCGCGCAGCCCAUGCCCAGCUCUCAAGCUCCAUCUCAGGCCCCUGCCAGCUCGCACUCGAUGAACGGGUACAGUCUUGCGCCGCUCAAGACGCUUCAGCCUCCUACCGAGAAACUCGAGCCAGUGUCGCCUUCGUACCCGAUGUCUGCUGGCAUGCCGUUGUCUGGUCCAGUGGCCGCGCCCAAUGACCCCUUGGCUGCGCGUAGCUACGCCAACAAGCCGUACAGCAGCCACGGCGACUCGAACGGGCAGGCCCUCGGCGGGUCGGCCAAGCGCUCCUUUUCGGCCACGUUCGACACCAACCACCUUGAGCAGCCGUUGCGCGGUGGAGCCCGGCCCAACGUCAACCUGCCGGGGGAUGAUGGUGGGCUGAGUGCGCUCGACGCGUCGACGGACGAGGAGAUUCUUGACGAGCGUGCAAUGAGCUAUCGCCGCGCAGACGGCACGCACCGGAGCAGACGCGUACCGCUGUCGAACUGA